ACGUACGCAACGCAAUCGAUUCGCCAGCCGCCUCCGUCGUGGUCUUCGCGAGAGACCGCUUCGUAUACGCUCCACGUCCGGCUAUGAGAUUUUGAACCGCGACGAAAUGUUUACGAAAAUCCUAUUAGUCGCCGCACUGGGUAUCGUCUCGGUGGUGUGUGUCAGUGAGAACUUCCUGAAGAUGUUCGAGGGUCAACAGACCCCGGUGGAUCCGUGUUACGACGAGGACCGUCCGCGACGCUGCAUCCCGGAUUUCGUCAACGCCGCGUUCGGGGUACCGAUCAAAGCUUCCUCUACGUGCGGUACCCACGCGCCGGUGCAGUACUGCGAGGCGCCGGAACCCGGCGCCGCCCCCCAGUGUCACGUAUGCGACGACCAAAAACCGAAAAAUAGGUUCCCGUCGGUUUACUUGACGGACCUAAACAACCCCAACAACGUCACGUGUUGGCGGAGCGAUCCCCUGCCCCCGGUUACUUCGAUCGACGCGCCCCCCGACAACGUUACCCUGACUUUGAGCUUGGGCAAAAAGUACGAGCUGACGUACGUCAGCAUGCAGUUCUGUCCCAAUACACCUAAACCAGAUUCCAUCGCGAUUUAUAAGAGUAUGGACUACGGUAAAACCUGGCAGCCGUUCCAGUUCUAUUCUAGUCAGUGUCGCCGCGUCUACGGUAGACCUAAUAGAGCUACCAUCACCAAAUCCAACGAGCAAGAAGCUAGGUGUACCGACGCCCAUCGAUACACGGGCGGAGAUUCCUUCGGGUUCGGUCAGACAUCGCGAAUAGCUUUCAGCACUUUGGAAGGGCGACCGAGUGCUCCGGAUUUCGACAAUUCCCCGGUACUGCAAGACUGGGUGACCGCCACCGACAUCAAAGUGGUUUUCAACCGCCUCCACAUGCCCGUGGAGGAUUUCUCCGAUGAUCUGGACAUAUUGGUAGACGAGAACAUGUACAGCAAACAUCUCGAGGACGAGGACAAAGACAAGGAACCGUCCGUACAGCUGGUGAAUGAAAUGCAAGUUCUCGACAACGAGGCGGGGUCGGGGGGUAGUCCGAAAUCAGCGUCGACCCCCGAGGUGAUUAACGGGUACCAUCCGGUAACGCAUCAGUACGCGGUGGCUGACUUUUCUGUGGGUGGUCGGUGUAAGUGUAACGGACAUGCGAGUCGCUGCGUCGUCGCCAGGGAUGGACAACUGGCGUGUGAAUGCAAGCACAACACGGCCGGCAGAGAUUGCGAAAGGUGCAAACCGUUCCAUUUCGAUAGACCCUGGGGCAGAGCCACGGCCAGAGAUGCGAGCGAAUGCAAAGCUUGCGAGUGCAAUCAACACGCCAGACGUUGUCGCUUCAACAUGGAACUGUACAAACUCUCCGGACGUACGUCGGGCGGCGUGUGCUUAAAGUGUCGCCAUUUCACGGCUGGCCGACACUGUCACUAUUGUCGCGAGGGUUACUACAGGGACCCCACCAAGCAGAUUACGCACAGAAAGGCCUGCAAACCUUGUGACUGCCAUCCGAUUGGAGCUUCAGGAAAAACGUGUAAUCAGGCCACGGGACAGUGUCCUUGCAAAGAUGGAGUCGUGGGAAUAACUUGCAACCGAUGCGCAAAGGGCUACCAACAGAGUCGAUCUCAUAUUGCACCUUGCAUAAAAAUACCGGUGGUGCAAAUGAUGGCUACAGAAGAAGACGAUGAUGGCUACGAAGACGAAAAUUCUCCUGCCACGGGCGAUCACUGCGGAAAAUGUAAGGCUGCGACGAAACGGUUAAACCUCAACAAGUAUUGCAAGAGGGAUUACGCAAUCAUGGCGAAAGUAUUAUCCGAAAUCGAAAACACGGACGACGAACACACGAAAGGCUGGGCAAGAUUCAUGAUCAACGUGGAGUACGUGUACAAGAAAUCCAGAGAUUCGAGAAUCCGGAAAGGAACGAUGCCCAUGCUAGUGCCAAUCGCGGACCUGAACUGCAAAUGUCCCAAAAUUAAAGCCAACAAAUCAUAUCUUUUCCUGGGUCGAGAGAAGGACGAUUCUCCAGGCGGUAUCGUCACUGGUAGCCUGGGAGUCACCCAACGGUCGAUAGUCAUCGAAUGGAGGGAUGAAUGGGACCAGAGGAUGCGUAGGUUUCGCCGCAGGUCUCGCAAGUGUAAGUGAAUGCCACGCGGUGAUGGUUCUUACGGGCUCUACUCAUUCAAACCAGAUGGCCCUGCGUGGUAGAGAUUAUUUGACGCCCGCGCGGCUUUGAAAUUCUCUUUGCCAACGGUUUCGCUGUGAUUUAUUUAUUUCUUAAAUGUGCUAGUCGGAAUUAUGCGGGAGACAUUGCUCUUUAUGAAAUUUUGAAGCACUAAUUUUUGUUAGAGAAUGGGUGUCUCAAAUAUUACACUCAAAAGCAAAAAUGGUUUAAUGCAAGUCAAAUUAACUUAAAAAAUAGCCAUCGUCUUCGAGAAAACAUUUGUCACCGACAAUAAUAAAAACGUUAUAAGUUUCGGCAGCAUUGUUCAUUUC